CUGAAGUAUAUUUCGUGCUUUCAGAGGCUCAUUGUCAAAGUGGAAAAACUGCUCUAACCCCUCUACACUACUGAGAACACCGAUCAGUUGGAACGAUGGCAGCCCCAGAGGGUAAGAAGUCUACUGUCGACGAGGCAGAUCAUCCUUCGGACCGAUCUCCCUCAACAGACGAGAAGCUCUUUGAGAAUGGUGCUCCGAUUGCGGUCGUCGACAUCCCAGAUCCCGACGAGGGGUUGAGUGAGGAAGAGCGAAAGAAGAUUGACCGCAAGUUGUUGUGGAAAUUAGAUCUACAACUCCUCCCCUGGCUUACACUCCUGUACCUCAUUUCAUUCCUUGACAGAACGAACAUUGGUAAUGCGAAGAUCGAUGGCCUGCAAGAAGACCUGAACAUGACCAACAACGAAUACAACGACACCUUGACAAUCUUCUUCAUAUCUUAUUCCGUCUUUGAGCCAUUGACUCAGAUUAUGUUGAAGCGUUUCAAGCCUUCGAUCUUCCUCCCGAUCAUCAUGUUGCUAUGGGGUAUUUGUAUGACCUGUAUGGGUCUGGUACACAACUUCUCCGGCCUCAUGGCCGCCCGUUGGUUCCUUGGUCUGACGGAGGCUGGUCUAUUUCCUGGUGUCAACUAUUACCUGAGCUGCUGGUAUAGGCGGUUUGAGUUUGGUAUUCGAGCCGCGAUAUUCUUCAGUGCUGCAGCUCUCGCCGGCUCAUUUGGUGGUUUGUUAGCUGCGGCUAUCGUUAAUAUGGAUGGAGUGGGUGGCAAGCCAGGUUGGGCAUGGAUCUUCAUCCUUGAAGGUCUCUUCACUGUCAUCAUUUCACUGCUCAGCUUCUAUAUGGUCCAUGAUUUCCCUGAUGACGCUAAAUUCCUUUCCGAGGACGACCGCCGCCGGGUUAUCCGUCGAUUGAAGCUUGAUAAACAGUCCAGUGCCGAGCAUGAGGAGUUUAAGCUCGAUUACUUGUGGGCUUCUUUAAAAGACUGGAAGACAUGGACCGGAAUGAUAGUAUACAUGGGGUGCGAUGGUUCUCUCUAUUCCUUUAGCCUUUUCCUCCCUACAAUUAUCUCACAAAUGGGCUAUAAAAACGUCCAUGCUCAACUUUUGAGUGUUCCGCCCUAUGCUGUCGCAGCGGCGGCGACGAUUUUCAUCGGUUUUGUGGCCGACAGGACAGGGAAACGAGGUUAUUGUAAUAUCGGGAUCGCUGUAUUCGGUAUCAUUGGAUUUGCGAUGCUCCUCGGCUCCGGGCAGCCACAUGUUCAAUACGCAGGCACUUUCCUGGGCGCCAUGGGCAUCUAUCCCUGCAUAGCAAACACGAUCACUUGGACGGCAAACAAUGUCGAAGGAGUGUACAAACGUGGCAUCACUCUUGGUUUCGUGAUUGGAUGGGGAAACCUGAAUGGUAUCGUCUCUUCCAACAUCUACCGAGCCGAGGAUAAGCCACGUUUCAAGCCCGGCCAUGGAGUGGUUCUCGGAUACGAAGCGGUAUUCCUCUUCGGAGGAAGCAUCCUCCAACACAUCUUACUUCGUAGGGAGAACGCCAAACGUCGUGCAGGAAAGCGUGACCACUGGAUCGAAGGCAAGACCGAGGCUGAGAUUGAGAAACUCGGAGACAUGAGGCCUGACUUUAUGUAUACUCUAUGAUCUACGCAGACAAGGGAACAAAACGAAGAGCCAAUACUUUGCGCUGUCAAUCGGGAACUGUGGUACAGCCGCUGUACGGAGGC